UAACGGUUGGCUCCGCACUCGAGUGUGGCAGACCGCAAGCAUGACGCGCGCCGGCCACUGCGCUCUCGUGCUUCUUAUACUGACUCAGACAUCGCUCGGUCAAGAUUACGAUGUAACAGACAUACAGUGUACAUUUUCGACGGGAGGCUCCGGGCUUCGUGACUCCGUGAGUGCCCUCCUGAGAAAGCCGGAGGGCUUCAGAGGCGCGCCCUUGUUUGCGGACGACCGCGCGACUGACCCGGUCGCAGACCCCGUCUGUCAGAUCCGACCAGAGGCGGAAGAUGCGACGGGCCUGUUAUAUCGGCUCAAAAUCACCGAUUUCUCACGGUGCGGCGUUUUAAAACGAAACGGCUUCGUGCACGUCCGGGUAUGGUUCCCGCAGUUCCCCGGAGUGGUGAUGCAGUCCGAUCAAGAGUUGAUCAUCAUGUGCAAGCCCCCUGAGCCAACAAUUAUUGAAAAUAAAGCUGCAGGCUUUGCUGGAAGUUUUCCCCACGGUGCCCGUGUGUCCGGCGUGGUCGAGGAGACGCCAGGACGUCUUGAAUACGAAGUAGCUCUGUACAAGGAAGCACCGCCUGUCACAAGACAUUCUAAUCAUUCGGUUGACUUGCCUGUCGAUCAGGUAACGGGUGCUGUUCCAAUCGGCACGAAGCUUCAACUACGCGCACGGAUUAAUCCCGACUCAGCGUGGCGGCACAUCAAACUGCUGGAGGUGGCCGUGUCUCCUGACCCUGACAGACCUCACGCACCCGGAUCCGUUUUGCUCGUUAAAGACGGAUGCCGCAAUCGGGAUUUCGCUUCGAUAAUCCCGCAUCAACCAGCGCGCUACCGGGAGCGACAUAAUGAAGUAUUCUUGGACUUUGAAGCUUUCCUGCUGGCUUCUAUGAAGGAGCGCUCAACGUUAUGGAUACACUCGCAGAUAAAAGCCUGCAUGGACGCCGCAGACUGCCAACCAGACUAUUGCCUCGACCUAUUUGAACCAUCAGGUUUCGUACACGGCCACGGAAGAAAAAGAAGGUCACUGCCGGAAACGCAUAACGCUACACACGCAGCGCUAGUCAACGACAACUCGACAACGCCCUUCACGAGAUUCAAGGAGAAUCUAGAAUACACAGUGGUCAUGCCCGGAGAACUCUUUCAUAGGACCCCUGUUGAAGCCACCUGUGCCACUUCGAUGAUGGUCGCCGUAGCACUCGGUGCACUGCUCUUCAUGUCUGCAUUACUAAUGUGUUACUUAGCCACAAAAUUGAAUUCUACUUUAUUGAAGAACAACAACCUUCAAUCGCCAACCGGUAAAGGAUUUGAACAGAUUUUAAGGGAGCUGGCACACCAUUCCUUACCGGAUACGGGUUAUACAGGACGGCCUACUGUACAAUAG